AAUUUAAUGGAAUAUCUAAAACAUGGAGGAAUUUGUAAAGUUUGAUAUUAAAGAGGUUAAAACCGACCUUUUGCGCGCGAUAAAUGAAUGUUCUCAACGUGGAUUAUUACAUACUACGAAAUGGUUAGCAGAAUUGAGUUAUUCUUUGAAAGAUGUCAAACUAAAUACUCAUGACAUUACCACCGACUUGUACAUAGCGGAUACAAGCGAAGAGGAGGAUACGUAUAUUUUGGCAAAAACUUAUUUCGAUUUGAAAGAGUAUGACAGGGCGGCUUAUUUUACGGAACAAUGCAAAACACCAAAAGUUAGAUUCUUAUAUUUAUAUUCUCGCUAUUUAUCAGGCGAGAAGAAAAAAAUUGAUGAUAUGACAGUGGUGCCUCCAGAUCCUUUGAAAAAUGAGAGCUUAAAGUUAUUAUGUGCUGAUUUGAGAAAGGAUCACUUGGCGGAUAAACUUGAUGGUUUUGGGCUUUAUCUGUUUGGUGUAACUCUAAAAAAAUUGCAACUUACUAGAGAAGCCAUGGAUGUGUUGGUAGAGGCAACGCAUAAACAACCGAUGCAUUGGGGAUCUUGGUUAGAAUUAGCUUCUUUAAUCAAUGAUAGAGAAAAGCUGGAAUGUCUAUGUUUACCUAAUCACUGGAUGAAGCACUUUUUUAUGGCUCAUAUGUAUUUAGAACUACAGUUAAUCGACGAAGGUUUAGCACUAUAUUGUGAAUUGCAAUCAAUGGGGUUUGAAAAAAAUGGUUAUGUACUUGCUCAAAUUGCAAUUGCAGUACAUUACAGAAGAGAUGUUGAUAAUGCUUUAGAAACAUUUAAAAGGAUAAUAAAGGAAGAUCCAUAUUGUCUAGAUAAUAUGGAUACAUACUCUAAUUUGCUCUAUGUGAAAGAAAUGAAAGUUGAACUAGCAUACUUGGCUCAUAGAGCAACAGAAAUAGAUAAAUAUAGAUUAGAAACAUGUUGCAUUGUAGGGAAUUACUAUAGUUUAAGAGGAGACCAUCAAAAAGCAGUGAUGUAUUUUCAUAGAGCAUUAAAAUUAAAUCCACAGUAUCUUUCAGCCUGGACGUUGCUUGGUCAUGAGUUCAUGGAAAUGAAAAAUACCAAUGGUGCUAUUCAUAGUUACCGACAAGCUAUUGAGGUGAAUAAACGGGAUUACAGAGCAUGGUAUGGUUUGGGUCAAACAUAUGAAAUUUUGAAAAUGCCAUUCUACGCACUUUACUAUUACAAACAAGCUCAACUAUUAAGGCCGCACGACAGUAGGAUGGUGCUAGCUUUAGGAGAAGCAUACGAGAAACAAGACAAAAUACAGGACGCGUUAAAAUGUUACUACAAAGCAUGCAAUGUCGGUGAUAUCGAAGGAAUGGCAUUGUUAAAGCUUGCCACGUUGUACGAAAAGUUAGGCGAGCACGAUCAUGCAGCAGCAGCUUAUACAGAUUUUGUGAUGGACGAGUUUAGAAACGCGGAUAGAACCGAUUUGAGUCACGCGUACAAGUAUUUAACACAGUAUCAUUUAAAGCAAGGACAGUUAGAUCAGGCUAAUCAUUAUGCUCAAAAGUGUUUGCAAUUUGACGAAACAAAAGAAGAAGCUAAGGCGUUGUUAAGAACAAUUGCUCAGAAGAGAGUAAAAGUGGAAGAAACAUCGAUGGUGGUAGAAGAUAUGAACGAAACGGAUCCCGUUAUAGAACAAGGAGAAAGGGCAGAUACUACGCCGGGAAGUCAGUUAUCGCCGAUGAAUUUGUCAUUUAUGCCUACGCCGUAA